AUAGGGAAGAAAUAAAAGGGGAAAAACAGUGUGGGGACGAGUAACCUUUGGGAAGGUGGAAUCUUCGCUUCUCCCCGGCGUUUCGUCCCUUCAAAGCGAAAGAUGAAGCUGAAGCAGUUGGAAGGCCACCUUGGCGGUCUCCAACAGUUCUCCAAUCCAAGGGUGGAGCUGGAGCAAUACCCAACUGGACCCCACAUUGCUUCUCGCAUGCUCUUCACUGCGGAGAAUUCAUUCGGAGACGUGAGUGGGAAGGUAGUGGCUGAUUUCGGUUGCGGUUGCGGCACAUUGGGUGUUGCAGCUGCACUGUUGGGCGCGGAACAGGUGAUUGGCAUUGACAUCGAUGCUCAGUCGCUUGAAAUAGCAGCGGAAAAUGCCGAGGAUCUUGAGUUGGACAUGGAUUUUAUUCAGUGCAACAUUAAGAACUUAGGAUGGAGAGGUAGCGUUGUUGAUACUGUCGUAAUGAAUCCUCCAUUUGGAACUCGGAUUAAGGGUGCUGACAUGGAUUUCCUCUCAGUAGCCUUGAAGAUUGCUUCUCAAGCAGUUUAUUCCUUGCACAAGACUUCCACGAGAGAUCAUGUGAAAAGGGCAGCCUUGCAGAACUUCAAUGCGAGCAGUGCUGAAGUUAUAUGUGAGCUUCGAUACGAUGUACCACAGCUGUACAAAUUUCACAAGAAAAGGGAGGUGGAUAUUGCCGUGGACUUGUGGCGAUUCGUUCCCAAGAGUAUCUAGCACCCCAUCGAGAUGAUAUAUGGUGCAUUUUAAUUUUUCGGCCAGAGGUCACGUAAGUUGUAUAAUAGGUGAACAAACACGCAUGUAAAAGUUGAUGUAGGAAUUUGUUCUGUUUUCGUCAAAUUUUAUUGGAUUUCUUGUUACCUUCCGUAACAGUUGAACAAAAUUCUUCACCCUUUAGAUUGUAAUCUUCCAAGUCUAGUGGCACGUUGAAAUUCGGCGAUGA